AUGAUUUUGGGCUGUGCCGAAGGCCGCAGCAAUACCGAGGUGGGCGCCGACCUGGGAGUGUCCGAUGAGACGGUGGGGAAGUGGCGUUCCCGGUUCCUGGAACGGAGGCUGGACGGACUGUCGGACGAACCGCGCAGCGGACGGCCUCGAGCGGUUACCGAUGACCACGUGGAGCGUGUGAUUACGCUGACGCUGGAGACCACCCCCAAGGACGCGACCCACUGGAGCACCCGGUCCAUGGCCCAGCGCAGCGGGCUGAGCCACAACACGGUCAGGGACGUUGUGGGGCUAUACCUCAACCCACCGGAUCGGGCGUUGGUCCUGUGCGUGGACGAGAAGUCCCAGAUCCAGGCGUUGGAUCGCACCCGUCCGCUAUUGCCCAUGCGCCCGGGACAGGUGGAACGGCGCACCCAUGAUUACGUGGAUUACCUGCGUCACGGCACCACUUCGCUGUUCGCCGCCUUGGACACCAGGACCGGCAAGGUGAUUGGUCGUUGCCACCAACGGCACCGGGCCGUGGAGUUCCGCAAAUUCCUCGAUACCAUCGAGGCCGAGGUGCCCGCCGACCUCGACGUCCACCUGAUCGCGGACAACUACGCCACCCACAAGACGGCGCUGAUCCGGAACUGGCUGGCCAAGCGGCCCCGCUUCCAUAUGCACUUCACACCCACCAGCGCCUCCUGGCUGAACCUGGUGGAGCGCUGGUUCGGUCUGCUCACCGAAAAGCAGUUGCGCCGUGGGGUGCAUCAGAGCAGCGCCGAACUGGAGGCUGCCAUCUACCGCUAUCUGGACAACCGAAAUGUUGAGGGAACGCAGAUGAGCAAAAAGCUGAGGAUUACAUUAUUCACUAUCCUGAUUUCCAUGGGAUUGACAUUGGCUUGCGGCGCCGCCGAAGAACCCGCACCCGCGGUUCCGGCCAGCAGCGAGGGAGCAGCCGCCACUGCCGUGCCGGCCGCCGCCCCCACAGCGGAGCCUGUUGCCGCGCCAGAAACGUCAGCCCAGCCCAGCGAUGACAAAUACGGGGGCACGUUAAGAGUUCAGCUGCACUUGGACCCCACCGGCGUGGACCUGCAUACUCCGCGAGGGGCGAGUUCCAGGGAGUUCUGGAUCGCCCAGCCCGCCUUGAACUACCUGGUGACCGAAGAACUGGGGAAUCCCGGAGUGAUCGCUCCAGACCUCGCCGAAAGCUGGGACGUAACCCUGAACGAUGAUGGCACCGCCGACUGGACCUUUAAUCUGGACCCCAGCGGCACGUGGCAUAACGGCGAGUCCGUAACGGCGGAAGACAUAAAGUUCAAUUUCGACCGGGUGAAGAACCCUCCGGAAGGCCUGACCAUUGGCCGGGCGCGGCCCGUGGGGACCUACUACGAAAAUGUUGACGACGUUCAGAUCGCCGGCAGCCAGAUUACGGUCCACACCAGCACCAAGUCCCAGGGGUUCCUGGCGGCGGUGGCGCUGACCAACUUCCCCAUUUUCAACAAGGCUGCCACCGAGGCCCUCCCGCAACCCCUUAUCAGGAACUACGAAGAACUGGUGGGCAGCGGUCCGUUUAUUCCCGAAGACUAUGAGACCGGCGCUCGCUACUCCCUCACCCGUAACCCGUCCUACUGGGCCAACCCCGACCUGCCAUACCUGGACGGAAUCGAAGUCCUGAUAAUGGUGGACGAAGCCACCAGGCUGGCCGCCCUGCAAACCGGACAGGUGGACAUCGCUUACCCGCAGCUGGCCGCAUCACUUUACGUUCAAUUGCAGGAAAUGGACCACAUGGUUACCAAGACUGUGCUGGGCGACGUUUCCCAUUGGGACGUUCAGAUGAACGAGGAGCGGGAGCCCUGGAACGACAUUCGAGUGCGCCAGGCGGUAAGCCUGGGCAUGAACCGGAACCGGGUGGGGGAGAUCAGUGAGAGAGGAUUCGGUUCGCCUUACGGAAUCCUCUACCCGCCGGGCAGUCCCUACGCCCUCUCCAUUGAUGAAGUAAAGCUGUUGCCCGGUUUCGCCGAAGACAAGGAGGCGGAGUUUGAAGAAGCCCGCCGUCUGCUGGCCGAGUAUUCCGAGGACACCGGCUACGACUUUACCCAGGAAAUACCGAUGCUUACCGAGAAUCGGCCGUCAAACAUUGAAGGCGCAACCCUGCUGAUUCAACAGCUUUCCAACAUCGGAAUAACCGGCGGCGUCAUGGACGUCCAGGAAGACGCCGUCACCGAAGAGCGCGAAAUCGCCCAUGAUUUCAAUAUCAUGAUCCGCGGUUUUGGCGGGCCGGUGGAACCGGACCUGCACCUGCAAAACCAGUACGUUACCGAUGGCGCCAGGAACUUCGGCGCCAUGAGCCAUCCCGAGAUCGAUCAACUGUAUGAAGACCAGCGAAAUGCCGAGACCCACGAAGAAAGGGUAGCCGUAAUCCAGGAAAUGGCCCGCAAGUUCUGGGAAGUCCAGGGAGGCUCGGUGCCCAUGUGGUGGAGGGCCAGAUUCCACGCCUUUAACGAGAGAGUCCAGGACUACAACCCGCAGUUGUCCUUUUCACCGGAUACCGCAAAUGUGGCCCACGUUUGGCUAGCGAAAUAA